GUCGUGGGAGACUGGGACGACAAGACACUCGUGCAAGAUGGCGGCGCAUUCACUAGCAGCAAGCUAUGAAAACUUUAACCUAAACGACAUAUUCGGUCGCUCCAAGAGCUGUUUGAAGCAAGAGGAGUUUGGUGGUGAUCUAGUCCCAUCUUUAGCAGAGCAGUGUCGCUUUGCCGUGCCUCCUUCGAUUGAUCCGAUAGAGUUUUUAAAACCUUUUACCAAUGGAGAAAGUGAUGUAAAGAUCCACUUUGACCAUGGAACCACUACACUGGCAUUCAAAUUCAAGCAUGGAGUCAUUGUAGCUGUCGACUCAAGAGCUACUGCAGGCUCAUAUAUAGCCUCACAGACUGUUAAGAAAGUGAUUGAAAUCAACCCAUACCUUCUGGGCACAAUGGCUGGCGGUGCUGCCGACUGCUCUUUCUGGGAAAGAUUGCUAGCCAAACAGUGCAGAAUUUAUGAGCUUCGCAACAAAGAAAGGAUAUCUGUAGCCGCUGCCUCAAAAAUCCUUGCUAACAUGGUUUAUUACUACAAGGGAAUGGGGCUGUCCAUGGGUACAAUGAUUUGUGGUUGGGAUAAAAAGGGACCAGGUCUAUAUUAUGUUGACAGUGAUGGAACCAGGCUUAGCAAUCAGAUGUUCUCUGUUGGCUCGGGCUCCACUUAUGCUUAUGGAGUGAUGGAUAGUGGCUACAAGUAUGAUAUGAGCCCAGAAGAGGCAUACGACCUUGGUGUCCGCUCUAUUUACCAUGCUACCCACAGAGACGCCUACAGUGGUGGUGUGGUGAACUUGUACCACAUGAAAGAGACCGGCUGGAUAAAGGUGUCCCAGACAGAUGUUGCCAAGCUGCACUAUCAGUACCAGGAAGAGAAAUCCAAGUAGUCCUCACGCAAGCUUUCUCCCUAGCACUACAGUGAUCUUGGCAAGUCCAUUAUACAGAACUCAAUACUUUCUCAACUAUGAAGCUUCAGCGUGUUUCACACCUUCUUAAGAACCUCAGGGACUGUUGAAGUCAUGCCUUUGCAGUUAGCCAAAUCAUUUUUGUCUUUAUUUCAAUGGCUCGGAAUGUACUGAGAGUAUUUGCCUUUAGAAGCUGCACUCUGUUCUUAGAUAUAGUUUGAAAGCUUGUACAGUUACUUGAAAAAAAUAAAUGAAAUAAGAGAA